CUAAAGCUUGAGCUCUUCACCAGUUCAUUAUCCACCCCAUGACUUCCCUUGACUGUUGUUAGUGAAGACUUGAUUCUAGAAAAGUAUUCUUCUUACCUGCUCUGAUGUAGACCACCAACAAAUGACCAGGUUGUCUUGAGUCUUCCACCAGCAGAAAAUCAUAAGAGGAAAAGAACAAGGUUUAUGGCCUCCUAGCAUUUUGUGGUGAAAGAUGGAGCUGACCAAUGUGACCACCCUGUCAAACGCUUCGAACACAGACCUGAGUCGCUGUGACAGGCACUGCAGGACGAUUCUCCUAUCACUAUACAGUGUGGUUUUGCUGGGAGGCGCUGCAGGGGCCAUUGCGAUGUCUUAUAUGAUGCUCAAAAGGAACAACCAAUCAAUCGUCGCCACGAUUGUUCUCAAUAUCAUCGUGCUACACUCCAUCCUCCUGUUCAGCCUUCCCUUCCGCCUCAGCUAUUAUGUCUUAGUUGUCUGGGAGUUUGGAUCCUUCACCUGCCGAUUGGUUAGCAGCAUAAUAUAUGGUCAUAUGUAUUUCACCUUUGUUUUCUAUGUGGCCAUCAUUGUAAGUCGAUUGCUCAUGUAUUUUAAGAAACUCCAAACUCAGUUCCAAAAGUACCAUGUGGUGGUUUUAAGCAUUAUUAUUUGGAUGGUGGGUAGUGUCAUUUUUUUGCCAAUAUUUUUUUUACAUUAUGGCACCAAUCCAAGUUACUCAGAACAACAGUGUUUCGAGUUCUACAAAGACCUCAAACGCGAGGAGUUUAUUAUCUUGAACUACUCUAUGAUUGUCAUUAUGAUGACAACGGUUGUGACCCUCUUUCUGAUACAGAUGUGGGUCAUUGUUCAACUGGUAAAGGCUCUUUGGCCAGACAUGUGGACGCAUCAAGAGUAUAGAGCUCAAAUCAAGAGCUUCUUCUUCCUCCUCAUAAUAGUGGUUUGUUUUAUACCCCACCAUGCCUUCCGGAUACACUUCAUUCAACAUUACUCAGAGACAGAAAAUUCCGAUUUAGUUCUUUAUAAUGAAAUUUUUGUUGCUUUAACUACAGCCUGUUGCCUGGAUAUGCUGUGUUUCGUAGGUGGUGUUAUCCAUUAAAGAUGCCUAUGUUACUUGCUUUGUAAUCAGUUUCUCACUAUUGUGAAAAAAUAGUUUCAAUUGAGUAGCUGCUUCCACAACUUCGAAAUUUUUCAAAUUCUUGUUCUUAAUCAUCACCAAAAUGAUUUUUUCACAAAAAGGUAAUGAGGAUUGAUUUUUUUCUCUCUUCUCAACAAACUGUUAUUAGUUCUUCACUACCUGAACAUGUUCAAUUGCCUUAACGCUACACAAGUUGAUCCCAACCACCCAGACUCAACAAAUCUCUCUUUUUUUCCUGUAAUAUUUACUUCCACUAUGCACAGCUGUUGGUUUUUCCAGUAUACUCUCUUCUUUGCAUUUAUUUUCACUGAGCUUUGAUCCUAGAAUAUUCUUCAAGGUCCAGAGAAC